AGAGCCAGAGGAGCUCUGCUUUCCAGUGACUUACAUCACUCUGCAGACAAUUGGCAGCCAGGAGACGGGCAGCUGCCACACUCUUCAGAUUUCUCUCUAUUUAAAGUUCAAAGAGACGCUGGAUAACAAAAGAAAGAGGUAAGCGUGGCCUGACCUAGCCACCCACCAACAGGAAUAAUGGCUGAAAAAGCAGGAUCUACAUUUUCACACCUUCUGGUUCCUAUUCUUCUCCUGAUUGGCUGGAUUGUGGGCUGCAUUAUAAUGAUUUAUGUUGUCUUCUCUUAGAAAGGCAAGAAGAUAUCACAUUGACAUCAUUUAGAAGAAUUAAGAAAACUAUGAACAUGACUGAUUAUUAAAUGUCUCAUGUUAAACAAUGAAAUGUUUGACAUCACUUUACAAACUUGGAUUAUAAACUGUACUUUGGUGUGCCUAAGAAUUUCUUCAGGACAAUAAGAAAUUAUGAGUGAAUUUAUAUUCUGAGUGAGAAAAAUGUUUAGCUAUGAUGAAAAAUGCAUGUCAUUAAAAAAGUUUGAUAAAUUUAAUCACAUUACAAAAAAUUCUCCCCCCUACCCUCUGGAAAAAACUAUAGAGAAAGUUGGCUAAGGCUGUGCACGGUGGUUCAUGCCUGUAAUCCCAGCACUUUGUGAGGAUCCCUUGAGCCCAGGAAUUGGAGACCUGCCUAAGCGAGAGAGACAGACUCCAUCUCUACGAAAAAAAAAAAUAUAUAUAUAUAUAUGGGCCAGAGAUAAAAACAGACAAUUCAUAGAACAUAUACUGUAAAAGUACACUUACUUAACCUCUUGUUCGCAAAAAGAGAAAUGUAAUUAAAACUACACUGAGGAAUCAUCGCUCACUUAUCAGAUGGGAAAAAAAAUAAAGAUGUUUGACAACAUAUGUGUUGGUAAGGCUGUGUGCAAUUAGGCAUUCUCAUACAUUGUCUUUGGGAAUUCAAAAUGCUAUAUUUUGGGGGAUGUUUGGCGGUACAUAUCUAUCAAAAUUAUAUACGUAUUUAAUUUUUGACUCAGCGAUCCGUCUUCUAGGAUUAUGGCAAUUUCCACAGGUAUAUGAGCAAAAAUAGAAAAUGACUUAUAUACAAAGCUAUUUAUUCUGGCAUACUCUGUUUAGCAAAAACCUGGAAAUAAGCCAAAUAUCUUUUAAGAGGGGAUUAACUGAACAAACUGUGGUAUGUCUACAUAAUGUAGUACUUAUGCAGCUGUAAAAAGGAAUGAAAAGGAUUUUUAGAUACUGGUAUGAUGAGAUCUCCAGGACAAAGUGUUAAGUGAAGAAUCUAGCUAUAGGACAAUGUGUGCUACCUUUUAUAUGAGAGAAGAAGGGGCUAUACCAAUGUGUACAUGUAUUUGUUGAAAUUAAAAUAUUGUGAGGAGAAACAAA